AUGACAGAACAAGAAUAUAUUUGGUUAACUUUAUUACCAAAAAAUUGUCAAUUUUGUUCAAAACCUUACAAACAAUAUUUAUACGAUAUUUGGCCUUCUAGAAUUGUUGCUUGCGAAUCUUACAUAGAAAAUACAAAAGAAGAAUAUAAUUCAUUAGAUAAAAGUCAAAGAGAAGAAUGGAUUGAAGAACGAAAAGAACAAGUUAAAAGAGCCAAAGAAGUACUUAAUUUAUAUUUUCAACAAGAUUAUCAAGAGGUUUAUAAAAGUGGUGUUUUUAAUCCUAAUCGUGAAAGUAUCUUACCACACUCAAAUUAUGUGCAAGAUGGUAGUACAUCUACUAUCUUAGCUGAUGCAAAAGACAAUCCUAAAAAUGCCAAGAAAAGUUUUGUAAAACCUAAAUUAGAAACAAAUCAAGUAGAUGAUAGUUCUAUCUCGUACUCUUUUACCGAUUCUUCUGGUUUCAUAGGAAAAUAUAGAUUUGGUGAAAUAAUGUUGAGUAAUUUAGGUUAUUACCGGUAUAAAUCUAAUUUUACUCACAAUGGUACUGAAAUUAAAAAUUUUUGGAAUGGAACGUGGACCGGUAAAAAUGGUUGUAAUAGUUAUAAUGAUUUUUUAAAUAAUAAGUUGAACGUUCAAGAACGUGCUAUAAGAGAAGCUUUUCAAUUUAAUUUACUUAGAAUUAAUCAUUUAUUAUCUUCUCCUUCUUAUAAUCAAUCUUUAUCGGAUUAUUUAGAUAAAUCUUUGAAAUUUUCUUCAGGUUGUAAUUUUCAAUCAGAUGGUUUGAGCGUUCCUAAUGUUACUUUAGCUGGUAUUUUGGCUUCGGCUUAUUUGAUUGAUCCUGAGGAUGUUGGUAAAGCUUUUGUUGAAGGUGUGGCUCCUUGUGAUAAUAGAACUUUAACUAGUUUAACGAGAUAUUUACUGGACUUUGGUGGUUGUGAUUUUAGUUCUGAAAACGUUAAUGAGGCUGUAUCUUCCUUUGCUAAUGUAUCGUUAAAUUCUAUGUAA